AUGGAAGUAAAUGAUAAUUCUAUUGUUCUCCAAAAUAGUAACAGUAUAACAGUAGCAGAUUCUGUAUGGAAAUUUAUUAGCAGUCCUAUAAUUGCAAUUUUCUCUGAUUUAAAAAAUGCAACUGCAGAACAAAUGCUUUAUUCCCUUUUAGAAUCAAUACUUAAAGGUUCAGCUACUUUAACUACAGUUUUAGUUCCACCAUUUAGUAAUGGAAUUCAAAAUGAAAUGCUACAAUGUCAAUAUGCUGCGUUCACUACUUGGUUAUUUGGUACAAUGUUUUAUAUAGUUGGAGAUCCUCUAAGCAAUAAAAUUUUAGUUAACAGCAUAGAGAUACAGGCUUGUAUGCUUAGAAUAUUGUCCAGACAUCAUGUCACAAUGUUUGAAACUAUUAGUAUUGAGUAUAUGAAUAUUCUUCAAGAAAUAUCAGAAUUUUAUAAGGCCAAUGAAGAUGGAGAUGAAAUUACAUUAACUAAAUUUAAUAUAGAAAGAAAUGCCAUAGAGAAUUUAGAUCUGCAAGCAUUUCCUGUUACGAUUAAGUAUUCUGAUAUACCAUUAGUACAAAUGUCUAUAUUAAAAAUAGUUGCAAAGACAGGAGUUUCAGUUUGGAAUGCAAAAGUAAUCUCAGACACAGUAUUAAAAGUUAUAAUCAUAUCUGUUCCAAAUGUGAAGUUUACGGCACUAGAUCUUUGUGUAAAAUUAAUGGAAUUUUCUUUAAUUAAUAAACAGGAACUUGAAUGUUUGAUUCUCUAUAUUAUUGAAAUUAUUAAAAUAAUUCCUACGUGGUUAGAUUUGAAUGAAAUAUCAGAAAAAGAGUUAUAUGCAUUUAUAGAGACACUUACUCAGUUUAUUCAGUCAUCGCAAAUAUUUCCAAAUAGUAUUGAAUUGUGCUUUCAAGUUAUUGAUCUUACAGUUCAUGAACUAAUCCAGCAUAAUGCUAAUCAUAGAGCAGCAACACUACUGAAAGAAACAGUAUGUAAUAAAAUUAGACAGUAUUUUAUUAUGGAACCAAGAAUUUGUACUCUUUCUGAAGCAAAGAAAUUUAUAUCAUACUUUGAAUAUUGUCCGGAUUUUAUUAUCAUCUUUAUUCAUUGUGUUCUCACUGAUGUUCAAUGCACUGCUAGUGGAAAUAAUUUAAUCAGCGAUGUCUGUGAAUCGUGGAAUUUAUUGAGAAACGAAUUAAUAACCGUAACACAGGCAGGAAAGUUCGAAAGAACUAUGCAUAUUUUGAAAGCAUCACGUAUUUUACAGUCAUGGCUAAAGGAAUUAAAAUUGCAAAUAAAUUUGUACACAACUGAUUUAAAUGAUGUUUUAAAAAUACUUCUGGAAAGCUUAAGCUCUGGACAAUGUCGGCAAAAGAAAAGUGUUUUUGAAUGUUUCAUUCAUAUGAUGGCACACAAUGAGUCGAAUAAAGAUUUAAUUCAAAAACUAUUAAGUUUACCAUUUAUUCAACAUAUUGAGAUUCCAGGGGGAAUAAUGAAUAACCAUGUGAAAGAAGCUGCUUGUUCUCUUGAUAUUGCGACAAUGCUAAAAUGUCUUGAAGUUUUAUGUGAAUUUGGUAAUGGAAUGGAGCGAUUAAGAAUAUUAAAUAUUUGUAUAUUAAAUUGUAAAACUGAAUUAGCAGUGGGAGCAUUAUGGAAUAGUGUUCUACUUCUAAAGAACAGACAAAUAAAAUUGGAUGACAUUUCAAAAUAUAUUCUUCAAACUGCAUUAAAUUCAAAAGAUGAAAAUGUUCAUGAAAUGCUUGUAAUUGUAUUGGGUAAAAUAAGUUGUUAUUUAUCAGGGCACGCAGACUUCAUAAGAGAAUUAGAUAACACAAAGUGGGCAGUACAAUGCAAAUAUUGUACCAACAAUUUUGAGAGUAAUGUUGGAAGCAAUCCUAAUGUCUGUUAUGUUUCGGAUGAGUAUGAUUACCUCCUUAAUCAAUGCUUUAGUUUAUUAUCUUCAGACUUUGUGUCAGUACGUUUACGGAUUUCUGAGAAUAUCCUAUUCUUUUCAAAUCACAUAAAGUCGUUUAAUGACAAUGAAAUAGUAAAAGUAUGGUGUUUAUACAUGGAGGAUGAAAAUCCUAUGAUUCGUUCUAAUAUUGCUGCGGCGAUAAAAGGAAUAAUAAAUAAUAAAAUAAAUGUAGUUGCAAAAGUUGUAACAUCUGUAGAAAAUGAUGUGCCUGCUUCUUUAAAUGAAUUUAUCAAUUUAUUAAUCAAUACUAUGGCAAGUGCACUUAUGAAAGCUCUAAAAAAUUCCAAUCAUGCUCUGCAUGAUACUUUACUUAUUACAGCAAGAAAUUGUACAAGCAUUCCAUUAUAUACAAUUGAAAGACGAAUUUUGAAUAUAUUUCUAAUUUCUAUAAUAUACUCAACAUCAUCUCCAGCAGCAGUAGCAUUCGCUACAACCGCGUAUCACGAUUUUGCCAAAUUCUUAAAUGUUUCUCCUAAAGUGUUAUAUGUCCGGUAUAAAAAAGACUUCAUUAAGCUCAUAAUGCAAUGUGCUGUCCAUAAUUUUAUAAAUCAUUCCUAUAAUAUGGCCACAUCGAUACAUCGUGUUGCAAAGUGUAUUGGAUAUGAGGGAUCGCGUCAAUUGCUGCGAAAAGAUGGUCAUUAUGCAGUCUCUUUUUUGCUUUCUUUCAUUGUUAAUGUGCCGCAUGCGAAAGCUCUUUUACGCGACAUAGCUGAAUUAAUUAGUAUGGAUGAAAAACAAAUGUUGAAGGAAUAUUUUCCGUAUAUUUGCAGUUAUGCAUUUUUAAAUAUGCCUCUAGCAACUGCUACGGAAUGUUUAAGAUUGAUAUGUAAGCUCACACAAACGAAUUUAUCACUCUUGACAAGACAAUCAUUUAUGGGUAUAUUUGAAGAAUUGAUGUUAUAUUUUCACGAAGCCCCUGAGAAGAUAGUUGGAUUAUUAAAAAUUAUAUCUGAUUACGACAAUAACUCGGAAAAAAAUUUUAUCACACAAAAGGGAAUUGAAUCGUAUUUGAAUUUACGUUUACAUGGCAUAUUAGUAAAUUUUGACAUAAAGCUUGGAUCUAAAUCAGAUGAACAUACACAACAGUCUGCGCUUGCCUCAUUAGCGGCAUUAAUGCGAUAUAUGGGUGCAGAAUACUUAACACCAUUGAGGUAUAAAAUCUUAGCAACAUUGCGAACAUCGCUUGGAUUCAAGAGACCAGGAUUUGGACCUCUAAUAUGCGAUGCAUGGAAUGCAUUCAUUCAUAACCUAGCUAUUAAAGAACUUGAUCCAUUAUUACCAACUAUAUAUGUAUCCUUGAUACCAUUAUUAAAAAUAUAUAGAGAAAAAGUAAUUGCAAUGUUAAAGUUCCUUAUUAUUGAGUGUAAUGAAGAAAACUCCAAUCACAUUGCAGAAUUGUUUUUUAUAGACGAUAUAGAUGUUCCUGAUGAAAUUUCAAAUAUAAUCAAAGCACAUAUUUUGCAAGCCAGGCCCAAAGGUUUUGAAGCAAAUUUAAAGUUAUGGCUUAAACGAAUUACUCACGAAACGGAUGAAGUAAGAAUUAGGGCUUUGAUGUAUUUACAGAAAUUCCUGGCAGAACAUCGUAGUCAGUUGAAUGAAAUGAUUCUAAGUGAAACAGAUGUUCAUCCACUGGUCGUUAAUCUACUGGAUACAUUGUUAAUUGGGUGUCAACAUACAGAUGAAUCUAUUCGUUUAUUGUAUGGAGAAUGUUUAGGAGAAUUAGGUGCAAUUGAACCAAGUCUUUUACCACGCAGAAUUAUUUCUAGAGAUGACAGUAAAUUUAUUUCUGAUAUGAACGAAGAAUUUGCCUGUGCUAUGCUCUUUGAACAUGUACGAGCAUUUCAAAUGCAAAAAAGCAGCCAGAGUAUGGACUGUUUCUCACUUGCUAUUCAAGAAAUUUUAAAAGCAUACAAUAUUUCACCUCAAGGCAUAAACAGUGAAUUGUGGAAUAGUCUACCUUUAACUAUGAGGCAAAUUAUUUUUCCCUUUCUAACUUCGCAUUACAAGAUAGCUGCUGUCAGCGACGAUAAAAAGUUUCCAUGUCCUAUUUAUGGUUCUGAAGCAGGUUCUUCGGUUGAAAGUUGGGCUUACAAUUGGUUUUGCAGCAUGUUUAACGAUAUUUACGAUGAAACACUUAAUAGUGUAUUACGUGCGUGUAAAUUGGCACUUAAACGAGAUAUAAAAAUACUCACAUUUUGUUUACCGCACGUUGUAUCGUAUAUAAUAACAAAUGGCACCGAACAAGAACAUAUAAGAAUACAAGAAGAAAUGUUAACAAUAAUUGAUGUUAGAAAAAAACCUACACUCGAUCCUGAAUUGUCGCGUCAUCGACCGCUUAGACAUGGACAUAGUGUAAAGGCAGAUGAUACACGAAUUUCUGAAGAAACUAGACGCACACGUUGCGCACAGAUUGUAUUUUCAAUAUUAGAUCAUUUGCAAAGAUGGCUUUGGGAACAACGGUUAAAUCGUAAUUAUAAGUAUGAAGCAGUAAAAAACUUCUGCGAGAAAUUAAAUGCAUUAGUAGUGGCUGAAGGUUGUUAUCAAUCUCGAGAAUAUCAUAGGGCCCUAAUGUAUUUAGAGCAACAUAUAGCUUCUACCAAUAAGGGAUUGUCAGAGGCACUGGAAGGUGGAUUGUUAGCUAAAAUAUAUGCGCAAUUGGAUGAACCAGAUGGUAUAUCUGGUAUAUUAGCUACUCAAGAUCAUACUCCUACAGUUCAACAAUUAGUUUUAGCUCAUGAAGUUAAUGGACAGCUUCAGGAUGCGGCUACAUGCUAUGAAAGACUAGCACAGAAAAAAAAUUUAAAACAUACAUAUUUACAAGGCAUGAUACAAUGUUAUCUUGGUCUCGAUCAGCCUUUUACGGCAAAAUAUAUUACUGAAGGAGUUUUGAGUAGCAGACCUGAACUAGAGCCAUUAAUGAUUGAACAUGAGCCUUUUUGGAGAUUGGCACAUUUUACUAGACUUGAUGAUACUUCGCAAAAAAACAUAAAGCACACUCUGCUUGAAGAUCUCAAGAAAGGUGUUAAGCCAGAUUUGCUGCCAUUAAAAAAAAAUCUAGUGUCAUUGUUAGAAGAUACUUCACGGCCGGGAGCUUAUCAGCAAUGUUAUUCCUACAUUAUGAAGCUACAUAUAUUGAAUGAAUUCGAUAAAGCAGUUUCUACCAUGCUGACUAAUAUAGAGCAACUGCCAAUGAUAUUUGAAGAGUGGGACAAACGUGGUCAACUUGUUAGAGCUUCGCGUGGAGUUGAAUUUGUAUUCAGUAUGCGCAGAGCCACGUUAGAUCUAGCAGUUCAGUUACAGGAGGAAGUUAACAAUAGAGAAAACUCUGUACUUAAACAAGAAAUUGGCAAGAUUUGGCUUAAAAGCGCUAAGAUUGCGAGGAAGAGAGGAUUACAUCAACAAGCGUAUAUGUAUAUUUUAUCAGCUAGUGAUUCCUGUCCACCGCAACAACUUUAUAUAGAACAAGCUCAGUUAUAUUGGCAAAAAGGAUGCCAGGAAGAUGCUUUUACAACAUUAAAGCGAUGUUUCUCCAGUUGUUUCAAAUCCGCUACAUAUUACAAAACUUUGGUGUCGUCAGAGUGUGUAGAAGAAAGAAAACAAUGCGCAAAGGCAAAACUUUUGUAUGCAAAGUAUAAUGAUGAAACAGUUAAUGUGGAUACUGAUGCUAAUAUUAUAAAUUACAAGGAGGCUAUUGAAGUUUGGAGAGAAUGGGAAAAAAGUUUACUUUUUUGUGCACAGUAUUAUGAAUCUGUCAUAGAUAGGAUGACUGAUGAUGAAAAGGAUAGAAGGGGACGAGAUUUACAAGUACACGCUAUGAAUUUUUAUGGAAAAUCACUUCAGUAUGGUUGCAAGUAUAUUCAUCAAUCUAUGCCAAGAAUGUUGACUAUAUGGUUGGAUUUUGCUUCUCGUAUAACAUCUCGACCUAGUCAGUAUAGUAAUCACGAUGUUGAUAAGCUUCGACGUGAUGCGUUAUUAAAAAUGACAAAAAUUAUGGAAGUAUAUCAAGAAAGACUGCCAAUAUUUAUGUGGCUGACAGCAUUUAGUCAACUCGUAUCUAGAAUAUGCCAUCCCUCUAUGGAAGUGCAAAAUACUCUUUGUACAAUAGUAGUAAAACUAAUUUAUGCUUAUCCUCAACAUUGUUUAUGGAUGAUGGCAUCAGUUAUUAAUUCUUCUUACCCUGCGCGUCAAAGACGUUGUCAGGAAAUUCUCAAUAAUUCCAAACUUAAAACUAUGGAAAUGACGAAACUUAUUAAAGAUUUUCACAAACUAUGGGAGAGAUUAAUUGAAUUAUCCAACAAAGUAAUUCCAGAUGGUGUUAUGAAUACUACAGUAAACCAAUUAUCACGAAACCUUCCACGUUUACUUUCAAAUAAAGAAUUUAGUUCAAUUAUGAUGCCGACAACUAAGUUCAGGCAACUUCAUCUACCCGCUAAGGGUGUAUCAUUGGAAAAUCACAAUCCUUUUUCAUCAACCUGGGUUCAUAUAUUUGGAAUAGAAGAGACUGUAGUUGUUAUGCCAUCACUUCAAAGACCGCGACGUAUUGCAUUAAAAGGAUCAGAUGGUAGACAAUAUCUUUUUAUGUGCAAGCCAAAAGACGAUUUACGAAGAGACUUUAGAUUGAUGGAAUUUAACGAUAUUGUAAAUAAAUAUCUUCAAAAUGAUCCUGAAUCACGACAAACAAGAUUGUAUAUUCGAACAUACAGUGUUGUACCCUUAAAUGAAGAAUGUGGUUUAAUAGAGUGGGUACCGAAUCUAGUUGGUUUUAGACCCGUUAUUAUAAAUUUAUAUAAAGAAAGAGGUAUUGCGAUUUCAAACAGAGAACUUAGAACCAUGUUAUGCACGUUAAAAGAUCCUCUAGAGAAAAAGAGGAAGGUAUUUUUAGAACAACUCUUACCGCGACAUUCUUCAGUUCUUGGAGACUGGUUUCGUCUUACAUUCCCUGAUCCAUAUGGAUGGUACGAAGCACGUACCGCGUUCAUUAGAACCACAGCAGUGAUGUCCAUGGUGGGAUAUAUUCUUGGUCUUGGAGAUCGUCAUGGAGAGAAUAUACUAUAUGAUUCUAAAUGCGGAGAUUCUGUACAUGUUGACUUCAAUUGCUUAUUUAACAGGGGAGAACUGUUCGACUGGCCAGAACGUGUGCCAUUUCGUUUAACGCAUAACAUGGUAGAUGCUAUGGGACCAUUAAAAAUUGAAGGACCGUUCAGGCGUGCUUGUGAAAUAACUAUGAGAGUCCUUCGACAACAAUGUAGUACAUUGUUAAGUGUGCUUACUCCAUUUGUAUAUGAUCCACUUGUAAGCUGGAAUAAGAACCAAACUGGCGAAGGCAGUGAAAAAACAAAUGAAAAGGCUGUAGAGCACAUAAAGAAUAUAGAACAACGACUCAAAGGUCUGAUUCGAUCUCAUGGGAAAAAAUUAGAAAACAUUGCUUUAAAUCUUAGCGUUGAGGGACAAACUAAUCAUCUGAUUCUAGAAGCGACAAAUAUAGAUAAUCUUUGUCAAAUGUAUUUUGGUUGGGGCGCAUACAUGUAA